UUGUUUUUUCAAGCGCGACUCUGCCCCGGACCCGGGAGGCGCCCGAGGCCGCCGCCGCCGCUUCCGCAGCUACCGGUGGGGGGCACGAGGCUGUGCCACCGCGGACUCUCACCAUUCGCCUCAGCUCUUCCCUCCUUCGGGUAUCUUCGAUCUUCCUGAGAGCCGGAGCCCGACUGUGGGGGGAAGAAAGACUCGAGAGCAGAUGCUUGAACUGAAAUAACUUUAUUUUGGGGGGUUUACUUCGCUGACAGACCCUUUAGCGCAGGGCUCCCCUUCCCCUCUUCCCCCUCUGCCGCCAGUACCAAUCCUCUCCCCCACUCCCUCUUUCUCCUUUUUCCGCCUUUUUUUCUCUCUUUUCCGCGGUCGCCGUUUUCUCCGCGUCCUUCCCCUCCUUCGCCCCCCGGGGCGCCGAGCCAGACUAUGGGUCCCAGGUGGGGGCUGAGCGGCGGCAGCAGCGCGGGCGGCCCGGUCACAGUGCGCACUGCAGCGGGGAUGGAGGGGCUCAGUUGGCUGGUGGUUUUCUCUUGACAUGGCUCCUGCCCGUGCUGCUAGCAGCGCCGCCUCUUCCGCCGCCGCCGCCGCCACCGCUCCGCCCGCAGGCUGCGGCUAAGAGGGCCCGUACCCCGCCCGAGAGUCGGUCAGUGAGUCCCGGUUUCCGCGGGGACAGGGAGGGGAUUUCCCUGUCACCCACCCCGCCCCAGCUGCCUCAAUUCCACUCCCUGCCUCCUCGGGAAACUAAUGAUCCCGCCCUGAACAAUCCAAUCUCGGGAAACAUGGUCUGUUCAACGUGAGAGAUAGCUAAUCCAGAAUCCGCGAGUUAAAAAUAAUUUUUUUUUGGUUGAUGGGCUUACUUUAAAAAGCAAUAUUAACACAAUUAUUUUUUUUUUUCCCACUGAUCCUUCCCAUUUACCCUCACCCGCCUACUCUACCCGGGCGGGAAUUGUUUCCACGAUGAAAUGAGUGAAAACCUGAGCGAUCCUGUGUCUCUCGUGGUGCUAGUGAGUCGCUGCCGCUGAAGGCAAGGGGUGGGGGUGGGACCUGGGGGGUGGAAGGCAGGUGGUCCCCGGGCAUUGCCUGGGAUUUGGGAGAAGAACCCGCCGCCUUUGCCUCAACAAUGCUCACAAGAUAAAUCGCACUCCCCACCAUCUUGAACGGGGGCAGAUUUGUAGAGAAGGCUCCCUUGGGGAAUGUAGGACUCAUUGCAGGACUGGGGGGUGUUGGGAUCGCGGGCAUUAAUCAGGUCUAACUACAGAGCCGGAAUAAUUACUAUAUCGUAUUAUAUACCCACUUUUCUCUCCGCCAUCAUGAUUCUCCUUGGCAGCAGCAUUAGCAGCCGCCUGAGGGUGAAAAUUUGGGUGAUGGGGAAGUUGGUAAUGACUCCGCUGUUUUUUCUCAUGGCUCCUUUGGGCAACAGCUGCCCGCCCCCGGUAUACACUGUAGUUGAUUGCAGGGAAACCCUGUACCUUUUCCCUUUCUUCUCUACCGAUUUUGCACUUUUCUCUUUGCUCACCACCAAGUGUAAUCAAUAACAAGCACUGACGAUAGCAAUAGUGAAAUCUGAAAUAACUAAGAGUUAAUUAGGUACUACAGCCAUGGAUCUGGCUGGGUAAAAGCCAAUUGAAUAUUUCAGUUUCAUUCAGCUACCCCGUUUCGGUGUUUUGUUUUUGUUUUGUUUUUUUCGUAUUUUGGAAAGCAAGGAUCACACUUCCCCCUCUCCAUUCCUUUUCAUAAUCCCUUUAAAAAGGGGAAAAAAUCCGAAUGGAUUUUAAGGAUUGGACUGGUAUCAGCUGUGUUUUAUUGCACACCUAAAUGCUGAUAAUAGGCUUUCAUUCCCCCUUAAAGCCUGUAUUUUGGCAGUUACAUCAAAUGUGUUUUCCAAAAAGUUAGUUCCAGUAUUUUCUCCUCUUUCUUUCCUUCCUUCCCUUCCUUCUUCCCGUGCGACCCCAAACGUUAUUGUCCAAACAUGAAUGGACAGCAGCUUUUGUUUCUUGACCCUGUAAUAUGAGUCUGCUAAUAUUGCCAGAAGGUGCGGCUUUUGGGUUACAGUCGUGAUUUUAGCUAUUCAAUCAUAUUAGCAGGAAAAAAAUGACUUGUUUCUGUUGUACUUGAGUCUUGAGAAAAAGUGCCCAUAGUUUAGUGACAAUUUCCAAAGGCUUUAGUACCACCUGUAUUUCAAAAUGGGGGACCCAAACUCCCGGAAGAAACAAGCUCUGAACAGACUACGUGCUCAGCUUAGAAAGAAAAAAGAAUCUCUAGCUGACCAGUUUGACUUCAAGAUGUAUAUUGCCUUUGUAUUCAAGGAGAAGAAGAAAAAAGCAGCACUUUUUGAAGUGUCUGAGGUUAUACCAGUCAUGACAAAUAAUUAUGAAGAAAAUAUCCUGAAAGGUGUGCGAGAUUCCAGCUAUUCCCUGGAAAGUUCCAUAGAGCUUCUACAGAAGGAUGUGGUACAGCUUCAUGCUCCUCGAUACCAGUCUAUGAGAAGGGACGUAAUUGGCUGUACUCAGGAGAUGGAUUUCAUUCUUUGGCCUCGGAAUGAUAUUGAAAAAAUUGUCUGUCUCCUGUUUUCUAGGUGGAAGGAAUCUGAUGAGCCUUUUAGGCCUGUUCAGGCCAAAUUUGAGUUUCAUCACGGUGACUAUGAAAAACAGUUUCUGCAUGUACUGAGCCGCAAGGACAAGACUGGAAUUGUUGUCAACAAUCCUAACCAGUCAGUGUUUCUCUUCAUUGACAGACAGCACUUGCAGACUCCAAAAAACAAAGCUACAAUCUUCAAGUUAUGCAGCAUCUGCCUCUACCUGCCACAGGAACAGCUCACCCACUGGGCAGUUGGCACCAUAGAGGAUCACCUCCGUCCUUAUAUGCCAGAAUAGAGCACUCAACUGACCAGCAAAAUGGAGAAGAUCAGAGAAUGAAGCAGCAGUUUUUUUUUUUUCUUGUUUUCUUACCACUUUAUUCUUUCAGAGUUUAAAGAAAAUGGACUCAUGCACAGAACACUAUGCAUUUUGAAACUUGUUCAUCCUGGAUUUUUUUAAAAUCAUUUGUAUUUCAGAACUUAAAUUAGAUGUCUUCUGCGCAGACUGUGUGAAAGAAGGUGCUUUGCAUAUUUGCUGCAUUGCAUCAGCAUCUUACUAAAAAUGUGAAAUGAAAGGACUAUUGUACACUGAAAUGCUUAAAUGUAUCUGAAAGCACAAGGUGAUACUCAUUUUUGAUGGUCUUCCCAUUUGGGCUGGUUUUUGCCUCUUUGACAUCUGUCAUCAGUAUUUAGAGGGUGAGAAGUGAAUGUAGCAGGUAUAAAUACAUUUUUAAAAACUUAAUAGCUUUGCUAUAAUCACCGAAGUUCCAGAGCACUGUCAGAUUCAUUCUAAUGACCAGAAGUAGUUUAAAAAAAAAAAAAGACAACAUGGGAAAGAAAUCUUAAAUGAAAAAAAGCAUCUCAUUGUAGGCAUUCUUGCCUCAUAUUUUACUGGGCCAUGUUUGUUUCCUGGUACUCAUAAAUACAUGUAUUUUUUUUUUUUUCCAGAUCUCUUUCCCCAAGUUACUGUUUAUAAGAGUAUUCUGCUAAGUGUGGAUACAGUUAUACACAUUUAAAGCAGACCUGGAGUCUGAAGUAGCUAAAGCAGCUGUAAAACUGAGAAAUACAUUCAUAGCUGCAGAAACCAUGAUAGGUAGAGGAUUUUCCUUUUUGGUGUUUUAUGUUGUUUUUGAUUUUAAAGAGGAGAUUUUAUUACAAAGAAAAAAUUCCAGUGACUUGUGCAGAAAUACUGGUUUCUACACCAUCCUAAAGAAAAACUUGCAGGGGUUUUUUUGGAGUAGAAAGUUAAUAAAAGCUGGGAUCUUAAAUUGUUUAAAAUAAAAAAAAGUCAAAGUUCUAAAAGCAGAACUCAUUUUGUGCAAUGAACAUAAGACUACUGUAUAGUUUUGGUUUUUUUUUUUCCUUUUACAUGAAGAAAAGCUUUGCUUAAGGGUUGCCAACUUUUAUUGGAGUACAUCUGAAUGACCUACUCCUUUGGAGUAAAACUAGUGCUUACUGGUUUCCAAUUGUAUUUAGCUUCUGGUUGGAAUUUGAAAAAAUGAAAACCUAAAUAAAAUAGGUGAACGUUCCCUGACUAUUCAGGUGAAUACACAAA